CCGUGCGUCCCUACGUCACCGAGCGGCGGCGGCUUCCCCUGUGAGUGGAUUCAAACGCUCCACACCAGAGACCCAUCCUCGCGCAGCAGCACGAGCAGGUCAGCAGCGAGCACCCAAGGACAACACCGCCGCGGGACACGAGCCACGUCCUUACUGUCCGAGUGAGCAGCGAUCUCCCCGCCCUCCACGCCCGCCCAUCCCCCCCCCCCCCCUGUCCCUCUGUCCAGAGCCAGGUCUGCGAUGCCCCCCCCGACGAAGGCCGUGGCCGCCGUGGAGCCCCCCGAUGGAGGCUGGGGCUGGGCGGUGGUCCUGGGAGCCUUCAUCUCCAUCGGCUUCAGCUACGCCUUCCCCAAAGCCACCACCGUCUUCUUCAAGGACAUCCAGAAGAUCUUCGGGACGUCCUACAGCCAGACAGCCUGGAUCUCCUCCAUCAUGCUGGCCGUCAUGUACGCCGGAGGGCCCAUCAGCAGUAUCCUGGUGAAUAAGUACGGCUGCAGGCCCAUCAUGAUCAUGGGGGGCUUCCUGUCCUCCAUCGGCAUGAUCUCCGCCUCCUUCUGCAACAACAUCAUCCAGCUGUACAUCUGCAUCGGGGUCAUCGGAGGUCUGGGCCUGGCCUUCAACCUCCAGCCCGCGCUGACGAUGAUCGGCAAGUACUUCUUCAAGAAGCGUCCCAUCGCCAACGGCAUGGCCAUGGCGGGCAGCCCGGUGUUCCUCAGCACGCUGGCGCCCUUCAACCAGUACCUCUUCAACGCCUUCGGCUGGCGCGGCAGCUUCCUCAUCCUGGGGGGCAUCCUGCUCAAUUGCUGCGUGGCGGGGGCCCUCAUGAGGCCCCUGGUCCCCCCCCGGGCCAAGAAGGACGAGGAGCUGGCCCCCGCCGCCCUCACCGACGGCCCGAAGCCGGAGAAGCUGAGCGUCUGGGAGACGGUGAACAAGCACCUGGACCUGUCGCUCUUCAAGCACCGCGGCUUCCUCAUCUACCUGUCGGGAAACGUCAUCAUGUUCCUGGGCUUCUUCUCGCCCAUCGUCUUCCUGGCCGCCUACGCCAAGGACAUGGGCGUGGACGAGUACUCGGCUGCCUUCCUGCUCUCCAUCCUGGCCUUCGUGGACAUGUUCGCCCGGCCCACCAUGGGGCUGCUGGCCAACUCGCGCUGGAUCCGCCCGCGCAUUCAGUACUUCUUCUGCUUCGCCGUGCUGUACAACGGCGUGUGCCACAUCCUGUGCCCGCUGGUCAGCGACUACACGGGCCUGGUGGUGUACGCCGUGUUCUUCGGGUUCGCGUUCGGCAUGGUGAGCUCGGUGCUGUUCGAGACCCUCAUGGACCUGGUGGGGGCGCCGCGCUUCUCCAGCGCGGUGGGGCUCACCACCAUCGUGGAGUGCUGCCCCGUGCUGCUCGGACCCCCGUUGGCAGGCAAACUGGUGGACGUCACAAAAAGCUACAAGCAGAUGUACUUCUGCUGCGGCGUGGUGGUCAUCAUCGCGGCCAUCUGGCUCUUCAUCGGCAACUUCAUCAACUACAGGCUGCUGGAGCGCGAGCGCAAGCAGGCCGACUCGUACAAAAGGACUGAGACGGACGACCCCGACGCCGCAGUGCAGUACCGGAAGGGCUCUGAGGGGGGCGACAAAGCCACCGCAGAGCUGGCCAAGAAGGACGGCAAAGACGGGGAUGCCGUGCAGCGGGAGACCAACAUCUAGUCGGGUCCGUUGGUUCUGACACUGUGACCUCCUCGCUUCCACCGUCACCAACAACAACAUCAACAACAAUAGCAACAAACACCGCCACAACUCCCAAAGCACACCACGCUCCGAUCUGCUUGGGGAGUUCGGAAGCGGGCGAUUACAGAGCGGUUACGAACCCGGGCUUCUUGGGAAGUCUUAUCGUCAGAACUCCUCCAAUACUAACUGCCAAAGUAACAGCUGUUUUUUAUAAGAUGUUGGUGAGGAUUCACCGUAACCGUCGUCGCUUUUUGUCGUCCAUAAUUCCAACCUCGCGUAUUACCGAUGUAUCACCAUGGAGACAUUGUUGACGCGUGUAAAACAGGGUCUCGGCGUUGAGACUUUAAAACCAGGGUUCUUGUGUUUGAAUCGUCUUGACAACAGUGAUAUAAUGUUGUUUUGUUUGUUUGUUCAAUGUAUCAAUCCUACGCUGUGGUUCCCAUGGGAACAGUUAAACCAUGCAAAGUCAUCCACUCCCUUCCAGGGCACUGCAUUUCACUGAUCCGUUUUCUGGAGAUCAGCAAAAAGGUGAAAAAGAGUCACGUUACUACUUUUGUGUAGUUAUGACUCAAAUUGUUAACUUCAAAUUGCUAACUGUAAUGUAGUGGGAGCCGGACUGGGUGUGAUGGUCGAAGCCACCACUGUUAAUCCCUGGUGAGGUCCUUUUUGCACGGCAGCUCGCCCUUAUCAACAUAUUAUCAUGUUCUUCAUCUGGCAAAAUAUUUAACCCUCCUUAACCGAUUACGCCAAUUUAAAAAGAAAUCCACUGCUAAAUGGCGACAAGGAGUCAAAUAAUGAGCGAAGCCCUAAAGAAAAAACAGAUGGGUUCACAGAUUAAUGUUUUGUUGAGGAAAGGAUGUAGUAAAGAAUGUUGAAUUUGUGCUGUUUAUCACCUGCUCCAUAUUGAAAAAUGCAGGCCACAUAUGCUGCACCAAAGUCAACAAAAUCAAGAGGCUGCAUUUCAUUCCAGAAACAUCUUGAGAGAUACAUUUCAUUCAUUUCAAUGUACUCCAUCUUUCUGGAGCUUAAGAAGUGAGAUUGCAGCAAUGACAAAAUCGUCAUGUACUGUUCUUUGACCAAACAUGGAGCCAUAAACAACACAAUGUUGUUUUAAUCACUUCUACAGGGAAAUGCAUAUCUCCCAGCACGCAAGGUUAUUCUGAAGAAUAACAGAAAUGAAUACAGAAUAUAUAUUCUGGAGGUGUUCUGCCUUAACCGUAAUGAUUGAAUGCCGUGAGGUUGUGCAAGCAAAUACUUUUGAGUAUUACACCAUAAAGGAACGAUGAGCCUUUUGUUGACAAUGGCAUUCAUGCUGCGGUGCUGUGGUAUGUCGUUGCAUUUUGCUGUUGUGGUGCGUCGUUGGUAUUUAUCGUAACAAAAUCAUAGAAUAUUUUUGUACAAAAACCGACAAAAAAACACAAAAGAAAAACAAAUAACUGCUAUUUGUUUUGAGACAGGAUGUGGGCUGUUUGUGAAGAAUUUUAACCCAACUAACAACUCGCAUUAACUUUAAAACGUUGUCUUCCUAUCUAAUAAAUCCCUGCUAACAUUCAUGCUAUUCUGGAUGUAAAGGAAUAUUAGGGAUUCCAUUGUCUGUGAUAUAUACUUAAAUAAUUUAAAGGUU